ACAUAUAUAUCCCGUGUUACUUAACCCCCCCGGCGGUAUUCCUGAGUGUAGCUCGGGGUGAAGUUUCAGCACCACAAGCGGUGACCCCCCCGAGCUACACUCGGGAAUACCCUGCAGCAUUGCUCCGGGAUCUCUUCUUCACUUACCUUGUCCUGCGCUCCCGCGAUCUCCCCCCUGCAGUGUCCCCAGCAGUGUCCUCCGGUGGAUGUCGGCAUUCGUCUUCCGGGUUCCGUUCCCUGCGACGUCAGGACAUAUGAGGACGGAACUGGUGGGAAAUUUGAAAAUUGUAAAAGUGACAUUCACUAAAUACACUAAAAUCACAGAGUAUAACAUUCCUGUAUCAAACCAUUUCACAUAC